AUAAUACAAUAGAGUUUUGAAAAAACUUGCUUCCUUUGCUAGUUAUUAAUAACCAAUAUAAAAUAAAGCAAAAUGAGUAUUAUUUCAAUUCAACAAAAGUAACAAAAGAUUUAACAAAAGUAAAGGGAACUCAUUUAACAUAUUUGUUGUUUAUAUUACUAGCAAUUGGAAGUAAAUUGAAGUAAACAUCUGCUGAGUAUUUAAAUAAAGAAGUUCGAUUUUUUAAAAUGAAAAGUCCCAAAAUGCAGUGGGUCCACCGGACCCAGCAGGACUCCCUGUGUAACAAAAAGCCAAGACUCUAGAAAGGUUGAACUGCACAAUCUUGUGUAUCCAGCCAGUCAAGUGAGAAAUACGAGACACUGAUGCCAGGAACACAACUGGGAGUGAACUGUUACAAUCGUCCUCGCUCUCCUACCUCAUAUUAAGGAUUGUUAAAUGUGGGAGAAACCUGAAACACACAGAAAACACCUGUGCACAAAUGACUGAUUAGAUUUGUCAGAUGUCCAUACCUAUCUCGGCAAUGCAGCAGUUCCUCCUCUUUCUGUACGAAAAAACACUACCCUGAAGGAACGGUGAACAGAAACCAGACAUCCUGCACAACUGUAAGACAGAUCAGCUUCAGCCAUGAUUUUCCUCCUGGUACUUUCAGGACUCUGCACCAUUCCCUUUACACUCAGUCAAGAAACAACACUAGAACUUUCCACAACAGACACAAUUACUGACACAACAUCACUGCAACCAACAACAGAAAACACCACAACAGACACAUCUAUUAGUAUAAAUUUAACAGACACAACAUUACUGCAAACAACAACAGAAACCACCACAACAGAAACAACUAUUGGCACAACUGUUCCAACAACAAUACCGGAGACAACAACAGAAACGACCACAACAGACACAACUAUUGGCACAACUGUUCUAACAACAAUACUGGAGACAACAACAGAAACGACCACAACAGACACAACUAUUGGCACAACUGUUCCAACAACAAUACCGGAGACAACAACAGAAACGACCACAACAGACACAACUAUUGGCACAACUGUUCUAACAACAAUACUGGAGACAACAACAGAAACGACCACAACAGACACAACUAUUGGCACAACUGUUCAAACAACAAUACUUGAGCCAACAACAGAAACGACCACAACAGACACACCUAUUGGCACUACUGUUGUAACAACAUUACUGCAGCCAACAACAGAAACGACCACAACAGACACACCUAUUGACACAUUCCUCACAAUUACUGCAUCUUCAACCACUAUUUCCUCAACUACUGUUCCCUCUACUAUUGUUCCCACAAAUGCAACUUCAGCACCACCAGGAAAUGUGAUGGUCAUGCGCCUAAAAGUUAUUUCAGUCAAAAACUUGAUGGCAGCGAACAGCUCCCAGUUAUUCCUCCAACAGCUCAAAGAGAUCCUAAUAAGCCGAGGAGUUUCAGACAACUUCACACUUCAACUGAGAUCCAUUAGCAAGAAGUCACCCUAGAAGGUGGAGGUUGUGGGAGUCUUCAAUAACACGUUGCUUAUUAACGUCCUAAAUAACUUUUCUAAAAUGUAUUAUAAAGUCAUUUUCUGAUAAGACAAUAUAGAUAAACCUAGAAGAUAAAAUGAAGCAAAAGCUAAAAUCACAUACAUAGCAAUAUUUUUUAUAAACAAUGAUCUGUGAACUAUAAGAACACCUCUUGUGUUUACUUUAGCUAUAAAUUUGCAUAAGAACAUAUAAUUUCUUCACAAAGAGUUUCUAAGACGUUUAUA